AUGCCUCCCGUACGGCCUCACCUUUCGGUCACGCUGCCGAAGAACUUCACCUUCCACUACACGGACGGCGAACAACCACGGACGCCGGAGCCUGAAUGCGCCGAGGAACCGACAGAACCGCCCCAGCUUCCUCGUCAGACGUACCGCGUCAGGCGUCGCAGGCGUGCCCUCCCGACGUACGCACCUACCAAUUUCGCAAACGCGUCACAAGACCUGCCAAUCCCCACCAUCGAGGUUCCGGAGCCCGGCUUCGACGCGCCCUACGCGCCCUUCUCGGACACGUCCUCCGAACCUGAGAGGGGCUAUCUUGCUCCCACUCCCACCGCCUUCCGCCUGUUCUCUCCGCCCAAGACCCCAGUGGCCCAAAUCGGAAUGGAGCGGAACAGCACUGGAAACUUCCACCGCGACGCGGACAUUGAAAGCCAGGCCGAGAGCAUCAGCCGUCCAUCGUCUGCGUGCUCCGGCAUUUCGGACUCCUCUAUCUCCUCUCGUGGUAGCACGGAUUCGUAUGGCGGCAGCUGCACAAGCCCCGAGAGUGACAACUCAGACCCAUUUGUCUUUCCGGAGCCCAAGCCCAGCCAAUUCCCCCCUUCCUCGCCUCUGCAGGCGUACAACACCGAGCGACCCGCCAAGCGUAUGAGGACUCGCAAGGACACCGUCUGGACCAAAGCAAUGGAUGACCAUCUUUGGUUGACUUACAUGAUGUGUCUACAAGACCCCACAGUCACCCCAUUCAAGAUGCUGCCCGGAACCGUCCCCCCUCUGGGUAUUUGCACCAAGGUUGCACGACAAGCCAAGAAGACGUGGAGAGGCGCCAUGGCGAAAAGCCACAACACUCCCUAUGCCCGAGAUGGUCGCAGUGGCAGCAAUACCCCCACCACCCAUGAUAUCCCGAAACCCGGCGUCAAAUGGCCCCGAUCGGAAGCAGCCGCUCGCGGCCGACUCCGCAAGAUCUGCAAGCGCCAGCCCAUGCUCGCCGCGCACUACCAGCGGCUUCUGAAGACCCGGACGCCAUCUCCAUUCCCGUCUUCUUCUCCGCGCUCUCAAUCAAGCUUGGGAACCGCCCCAAUGACCUCCCCCUUUGAACCUGCCCAGCCUGCGGAUCGAAACGAUGCGCCCGGCUCAUUUUCCACUCGCGACAUGAACGUUUCCUUGACCACGAGUACCUCGUCCAUGAUGCAAAUGGGCAACCCCCUUCAUGCACUGGCAGCUGAUGAAUCCCAGCAAGCUCCUAAUGAUGACUGGCUCGGCCAGCAAAAUGCUCGUUCGAAUGCUCACCAGAAGAGUCAAUCCCUCCAGUUUGGCCUCGGCCUCGGAAGCCCCGAGUCUGGUCACUCCAGCUCCUCGCUCGCUUCUCCGUUUGCCGGCAUGCCCCAGAAGCCGCACCAUGAUGUGCAAACCGUCAGGCCCGUUUCUCAGCCUCAGCCGAUGCUUGAUUCCCCUGUCGAAUUGCAUGCCCCGAUCCCCAUUACCCGAUCGUUCAAGCGCAGAGCCCAGCAAUACUUGGAAGACCUGCAGCACGCCGAAAGUUCGCACGUAGGACACAACAUCUUGCAAGAAUUGUUCGGUGCUCCGGCCGAAAUCAGCAAUCGCCGCGUACGGGCUCGAGGCUUCAGCUUGGGCGACAUGGGAGGCGGCGCGAGGAACCUUGCCGCGCUUUUCACGCCUCCGUCCUCGUUUGACCAGUCGAGCGGAUCGCCGAUGGCGGUCGAACAGGAAGAUCCGUCGGCGUUGGCCCCACAGGCUCCGGCAGAUCCGGCGAGACGGUUGGGAUCUCCAUUCUGCGGAAGGCCUUCCAAUAACAACAUCAGCAACACAUUCCCCCGGAUGACGUCGCCACGCCUGUUUGAGGAGUCUGCAAGUUUCGAGGAGCGUAUUGGCGGCUUAGGCAACUAG